GUCAAUUCGUGGCCGAAAGCAGGUGGAUCCAGUCCGGAAGUGAGAUGUUGCUCCUCCCGAAGAUGGUGUCUCCUUUAUUUUAAGGGGAGAAAGUCAAAAAAUAUGAGCGAUAGGUGUUGUCGGUCAAACGGAAAUCAGCGGAGCGGAAGGAAAUAUUCCACUGAGUACCAGCUAAUUGGGUAUGAAAUGAAAAGGCGGCUCUGAAAUCGAGCAAUCAUGGACAACAGUCAAACACAACAAGGAGUCUCCUACACGGACAAUCUCAUCGGGACUCUGCUGGCCAUCUUCGGAGGGGUGAUAGUCAGCAUUUCCCUGAGUGUCCAGAAGCACAGCCAUGUGAAACUGGCAGGAACAAAGGAGCAACGCAGCUUCUACGAGACCAAGACCUGGUGGGCUGGUUUUGUGUUCAUCUGCAUCGGGGAGGGGGCCAACUUCGUGUCCUACGCCUUCGCCCCUAUCGCUGUCAUAGCCCCCCUCAACGCUGUGUCGGUCCUCACAAGCUCAAUUUUGGGGUUUUUGUUCCUGCGCGAGAAAUCUAAAGCAAAGGACUUUGCAAAGAACCACGGGCUUACCUUCCUGGGCUACGUUCUCAUCAUCGGAGGGACGUAUCUGUUUGUGUCUUUCGGACCAAACUCUCACGAGAAGCUCCAAGCGAGGAACAUCGUGAAGCACAUCGUGGGCUGGCCCGUCCUCCUGUAUUUGCUCCUGGAGAUCAUCGCGUUCUGCCUGCUGUUGUACUUCUACAAACAGCGCAGUGCUAACUACCUUGUUGUUGUUCUGCUGCUCGCUGCCUUACUGGGCUCGGUGACGGUCAUAACGGUCAAGGCGGUUUCUGGCAUGCUGCUUCUCACCCUGGAGGGCUCCAUGCAGCUCGACUACCCCAUCUUCAGCGUCAUGUUCGUGUGCAUGGUGGCGUCCGUCGUCUUCCAGGCCAGGUUUCUUUCCCAGGCGUGUAACCUGCACGACUCCUCUCUGGCCGCCUGCGUCAACUACAUCUUCUCCACCGUGUUCGCAGUGGUGGCCGGCGCCGUCUUCUACUUGGAGUUCCAGAAUGAAGACGUCCUUCACAUCUGCAUGUUUCUGCUUGGGUCUGCAUUGUGUUUCCUCGGCGUCUUCCUCGUCACCAAGUACAGGAAAAAGGCCAAGCUGUUUGAGCCGUAUGUCACCAUGGAUGUGGCCAAGGGCGUGCCGACCAUUCACGACAACGGCCUCGUGGUCCAGCCGGACUACAACGGCUCCUUCUCCUACGGCGCUCUGGUUAACAACGACGGCGUGGCCCCCGCUACGCUGCCGGUCAACCUGGAACAUCCAGCGGUGACCGUGAGAGGCACAGAUUCGCCUCCUGGUCGGACCAACCUGAAGAUGGAUUGAAACUUGUUGCUGCCUCAUAAAAAAAAACAAAAAACAAACCUCCUAGAUGGGUGUUUUUACAAACCUCUAAUUUCCAGUGUCGCCUUAAAUUCUCACACAUGCUUCCUAUUUAUAUCCAGAACCAAACUUGUCAGGGGAAAGCUUUCCUAAAGGACUUAUUUACUGUUUUAAAUGGAAUAAGCUCAUUUUUUUUUUUCUAAUUUCUGCUCCCUCACUACCUCCCUGGAUGUAGUUUGGGGUUUUCUGUCUGUAAAAGAACAUUUAGGGGUGGGGAUGUCUGGAUGAGCUCAAACUGGUGAAGCUGGCAUAUCUCUGUAUAUAUUUUAACAGUUGUCUCAUUUGUGAACGCUGCGUGCGUAAAAGACUUGUUGAUCUCAGAGGAACCAAAGAUUGGUGGCAGAGUGAAGUAACUUAUUACUUUUGUUUAUUCCCCUGUUAAAGUUUUCUGUCAUCUUUGAAAAAAAAAAACACACUAAGCAGUGACUUCCACAGAAAUAUUGUGUCUGUACCGCGCAGUUUUGUUACAAGGGCUUCCCUGUUCUUCCAGUAAAUAUUUGUACUAAUCAUAAACGGCAGAGUUUUGACCCAACAGUGUAAAGUUGCAGCGCUGCAGCUUUACACUGUUGGGUGUCUUUACUUUGAAUAACUCUGUUUUUAAAUGAAGUUCUUCAUGUUGGGACUACUGUGACCAUUUGAUGUAUUUAUUGCUGACGUAUUAUGUCUCGGUCUGAUUUUUAACGUACUAUUUAAGUGAAGCUUGUUGCUGCAAUAAUUCAGGGUAAGACUGCAUGAUAAAACAGGUUCAGAUCUGUUGGUGUUUGAAUAAACAUAAGGUUUAAAUAUUUUUUUCUAAGGUGUAAUUUAACCAAAUAAGGAAAAUAAAAUGCAUCUUUUUAUCAUA